AUGUCUACAUCGCUGCCGAAAUCAAAUCCCGAUGGCACACUGCGAACGACUGCGGCAGCAAGGCCUCAGAAAUGCAGUUGCCCACCUUGCCGAGUGGAGACUGGAAUGUGCAAUCCUCAUACCAAAAAUAUGGAAGUGCGCAGAAUCUGCUUCCGACUCAGACCAGAUGGACAAUGUGAGCCGUUAACCAUACGACAAUUCAGACCUUGUGGAGAGGUUCUUCAUCCGUUCUCCCGUUUACCACCAACAGAAUGCCCUCCAACAUUGCAACGCAUUCCCGGACAAUGUGACUACUGCAAAGGCGAACGAUUGGUUCACUUGAAAACAUUUUUCCGCGAGGAGGGUGGUCAGUUCCGGUGUCGUUUGGUCGACAAUGUACAUCCGGAACCGUGUUCUUGCAAACCAAUCAAGUUGGUGAAACAUGCAUGCGAAAAAGACAACACACCGAUGCGAAUAAUAUAUGUCCAAGAACAAAAGUCCUGCCUCGAUUGUGAGGCUCGGAAAAAAGUGAUUUUGGACAGACCCGUGGUAUGUCGCCGACGUUGGAUUCGAAGAGGUCCAUGUCAUCGAUCGGACAAUCAUUCACCUGCUGUUCGUAAAGUGAUCCACAUGAAACAAGUGGUCAAGGACUGCCGUUGUCGCCUCGCGAUGCGUGUGACCACAGAAGUGUGCGAUUGUCCGGCCCCAACGCGUAGUAAUCCUGAGUGUGUACCACAUUUGAACCAGUUGGCUAUCAAAUGGACCGUUUUCCAUCCGGAUCGACAGCAUUGUGUAGGCAAGACCAAAGUUACACUGCUUCCUCGACCACCUUGUUGCCCCAAACCUCAAAAGACACUAUCACCCUGUCACAACGGUAUGCAAGUUGAACGUCACAUAAUUUAUGAUCUGGUGGAAGGAACCUGCCGGAAACACGUGAAUGAACGUAAAGUGCAUUGUAAAUGUGCUGCCUAUGGAAUCCGACGUAUUACGGAAUGCAACAUCAAGCGUCCGGGAGAUACAAGAAGAUAUCGUCAUCUAUUGACAACCAGUCCACGUAUCGAAGAGUGUAUGUGUCACGAGCCUGCGUCUGAUGUCCAAUUCGAGGCGUGCGAUUGCCCCGAGGCCAAUGAACCCCCGGUCAAACAGGUGCAACAAUGCCCGCAGUGGUGCUAUCAUACGACUAGCGAGCAGUGUGACGCGCGAUGCUGCCCGAGAAAUCACAAGAUUCUUGAACGAUCGUGUACAACAUCUGGACAUGAACAAGUGACACGGAUCUCAGAGACUGUGCUACGUCAAGGUCGUUGUGUACAUGUGAUACGUCAAGUUCGUGAACGCGUGCCCUGCGCCGUCGGAUUCUUGCGUCACGAAUGGGCCAGGUCAAAUGAACACGGAGUUCGACUGCUGCGGGAUCUUUUUGGUAAUGUGGACCGUUGCAAAUGUUCAGUUCAAGCAGUAGAUACCCCUUGCCCGAAAGUGUGUCGUGAAGCCAUCAAGUCAACCGAAUGUGAUGUCGGGACACAAGAAUUGGUACACACGCUCAUUCAGUUGGUGCCCAUUGGAUGUCGGUGUGAGGAGAUGGCAUUCAAGAGACGAACAAGUGUUUUGUGUCCCAAAUUCACAAAACUGAUUUCUGCCAAAUGUUCUCCCAUCACGAAUGUGGAAACGCGAAAGUAUUUGCACUCGUAUCAGGACAAUUGUCAGUGCAAAAAUCGAGUUGUGACGGAGCAACGACGGUGCGGUUGCCCGAAGCCUCGCUUGUCUGAUCUCACGUGUGAUCCCCAAACGAAUCGUUUGCGCGGAAUUAGAACAGUGUACGAACUGGACGGAUCUGAUUGUGCUGUACGCAAGGAACUGGUACAAAAGCCGAUCGACUGUCGCCAACACCAUUUGCUCGAACCUCGGCAAAAUGAUGGUCGACCAGUGUUACACUUUUCUUGUGACGAACAAACAGGGCAAGGUCGUCUAUGGAUUACCGUUUGGGUCCCACAUCAAUGCAGAUGUGUUCGUCGACGUCACGUGAUACGCGAAGGGGCUUGCCGAUGUCCACCACCACAAACCGCCAUGCAUUGUGACACACAGACGAAUAACUGGAUCAGAAAAACGACUCAGUUUGUUUUGGACAGACAGCACUUACAAUGUCGUCGUCGUCAGGCGGAUUACCAUGCCAGACCAACGUCGUGCAAACCGAAGAUGCGCAUCACUCGUGGUCCGUGUGUUCUAGGCCGGAUGAUGGAGACACUGACGGAACAACAUCGAGAUCCGAAUGGUUGUGCGUGUCUGGAGCGGAUACGUAAAGUGAUGCGUGACUGCCGAUGUCCAACUGAGAUAGUUGGAGAUGGCCAGUGUGACGGUCAGAGAGAAUCGUGGGAGGAAGUCAUUUUGGAACGCCGAUGGGAUCCGAUCAAGCAGACUUGUGUGAUUGAAAAACGUACGCCGUCAAUUCACUUCUGCAAAUGUCCAACGGCACAAACACACCAAGAGUGCAAAAACGGGGUGAUUGAGCAAACACACGUCGCGUUCAAACUGAAUCCGCGCAUGGCCGUAUGCGAACGCGUUGUUCACCAACGAAGAUUUAAACCGCACUGUGAAUACCCGCCAGCACUGACCCGUCAAACCCCGCACAGCUCUCUGUUUCAUCGAUAUCGUCAAUCCCCAUGUGAUCCAGCCACUUGCACACUCAAACUGGAAGUGUUUGUGCGGAAAUACGAUCCGUCGCAAUGUUUGUGUCGAUGGCGUCUGGCCGAGUCCAGACGUUGUACUUGUUGUGGCUGCCCGAAACCCCAAUUGAAUGUCAAAUGUAUAAAUGACAAGAAUCUGAUUGGUACGAUUACAUAUUACGCAACAGAACGAGAACGUUGUGGACAUAAAUGUGUUCCGAAAACGCAAGACGUUUACAAAGAAGUGGAUUGUAACAGUUACCCCCGUCCACCGAAAGCACACUGGACCACAUGUGAUCGGGCCACAUGUCUCAAGCACUAUCGUCUGCCAUACUAUGAGCGGCGAAAUUGCAAGUGUGUUCUCACAGAGAAGACUCUGGCAUCUAGGCCCUGUUGGUGCCCGGAUAAACCCACGGUGCGAGCUGUCUGUGUGGGCAAUUGUGCGGUCAGUGUGCGGGAGGUUUAUCGAUUUGAUCGUGACAAUCAGCGAUGCGUGAAAGAGAACUAUAUUCAACGUCAAUGUCGAAAAUGCCCAAAGCCGCAUGAACUUCGUGAGCCCUGUGACGUGAGUGGUUCCUGUAUGCAAACUGUUCGACUAAUUCACUACAUUGUGGAAGACUGUCACUGUAAGAGGUUGGAACAGGUACGUCAGGAACGUUGCUGUUGUCCCGCACCGGUCACACUUGGAAGCAAAUGCCUGGAAGAUGUGGGAGUUGUAGAAACAAAACAAGUAUCAUACGACUUAGUGAAUGGACACUGCGCAGAACGUGUACAACUGAAUCGCAUCCCGACCACCUGUCCUCCAGCUGGCUCCGUGAUCCCCGAACCGGUGGCCCCGUGCAAUCCACAAACGUGUCUUCGCCCCGUUCUAGGACCACGAUGGAUUCGGGUUGGUUGCCAAUGCGUGGAACAAAAACCUCAACGAUUCGAGACCUGUUGUUGCACAAAUCGAAUUCUCACCCAAGCUUGGAAACUGCAUCACGGGGAAUGCGUGAAAGUGAUGGUGAGCAAGGGUUUGCAAUCUCCACCUUGCUUACCUCAAAAGAUUACCCCGCUGGGACCAUGCAACCCGGAAACAAAAACCCAACCGGCAUUGUUGGAAAGAUUUGUGGUGAAAAAUUGCAAAUGCCAAUCCAUUGGCAAUCAGGAAAUCAAGCGCGUUUGUGCUUGUCCGGCUCCGGAAGACACUGUGGGACAAUGCGAUCCGGUUACUUGUUUACAACGAGUACAUCGAGUUGCGUGGAUGCUAGAACCACAUGACAAUCAUUGUCGUCGUCUGGCUCCCCAAGUGUUAACACGCCCCUGUUGUUGUUCGCGUGAACAGCACAAGCCGGUGGACAAAGUUCGAUGCAUCCCGGAGACUGGACAAUUGGAAAUUGUGCGCAUCAGUUACCGAUUUGAUCCGAGAAGUGAAACUUGUGAACCGCAUACGGAAAGGCAUUUUAAAAUGCCAGAUUGUCCUAACCACGGGAAACUGCUCCGGGGCAAAUGUGAUCAAACCAGACGUUGGACCAUUGACCGUGUUGUAUUGUGGAGACCGCAUGCACCCACUUGUCGUUGUCGCGUCCUGACAAAACUUCUGAAACGACCAUGUGAUUGCAGCUAUCUGGAUCACGAACCUCGGAAACCGAUUUGUAUCGCAGAUGAGGGAUUGCUGUUGAAAAAACGCAUUAUUCACCAAGAGAGACACGGGACUUGUCAACCGGAAGAACGAUGGCUGAAGAAAAAGAUUGUUUGCCAGGACGGAGUGAACAUGAAGGUUAACUGCAAUCCACAGACGUGUCAAGGGGAACAAAUUUCCACCUGGUUUGAACGUGUUGGUUGUAGUUGCGUUCCCCGUGAGCGUAAGACCCAGGGAAAAUGUUGUUGCCCCAGCCCGCGCGAAGAGCAUCGAUGCUUGGAUGAUGGAAAAUUGGCUGUGUUGGAUAAAAUAUCCUAUCGGUUGGAUCCAGUUCGAAUGGAAUGUGUGCAGCAGGUGGACCGAGUGCGACGCGAUGUGGAAUGUUCGGAAGGUACUCCCCACGUGUUACGUCGCUACUGUGAUCGGGAAACGUGUCACCCAGUCUCGUUGCUUAGAAGAAUCGUGCGACGAAAUUGCCAGUGCGGAAAUCUCGUGCGACGCGUCGUGCAUCGGAAUCAUCAGUGUUGCUGUCCACCACCGCGUUUCACCGAAAAAUGCUACGAAAUGUAUGGAGUGCUCUCACGUGUUGUCUACAAGUAUGAAUUAUUUAGAGGUCAUUGCGUGACUCGAAAAAUUGUGGAUCAAGAUCAGAUAGGUUGUCCACCACCGCGUUUGAUCAAGGAGAACUGCGGUCCGGGAAUGCUAUUCCGCAAGGUCGUUCGGGUAUGGUUUGAGUUGGAAGGAAACCCAGUUGAUGGACGAGUUCAAUGCCGGGAACGGUCAAUGCAUUUGUACACAGAGCCAUGUAAGAUAAAGAAUUUGAUGCCCAAUUUAGCAGAUGAACUAGAACAUUUCAAUUAUACCUUGGUAAACCGUUGCAAUCAAUUUGGCAAGCACAGUCCACUAAAUCGUGAACUACUGAUUGUAAAACAAUUCGACGAAAUGAAAGCAAUUAGAAAACGAAAUGACACUGCAUUAAAAUGUCCACCGCCGUCUGUUACCAAACACUGCAACCGUGGCGAACUGGUGUUUGUUCGACGUGAGCACCGCAUGUCCAUGCACACAGGUCAUCCAGCUUGCCAGCUGAAGACUUUCGUGAAAAAGGUACCGGUCAUGUGCGAUCAACAAUCCACCCGACAUUAUCGUUCGGCGUGCUGGAAUCAUCAGCGCAAAGUGGUCCGUAUCAGACAGAGACUUGACCCUUCCACAUGCGAGUGUCGCUCGAUGGCCAAGGUAGACUUUGAAGCUUGUGAUUGCCAUCUGAAGAACAAGGAGAAAUCUGAGUGUCAGAACGGCGUACUCAGGGUUUACGCUACGCGGUACUCAUCUCGUCCCGGGCUAAAUCGUUGUGUGAAAACCACAACUCGUAGUAUACAUCCAGUGGUCUGUUCCGGUCAGACAGAAGUCAUUCAGUCCAGUGGAUGCACCAUUGAACAACCAAAUGGCGUGUAUCGUUCGGAAGAAAUCCGUUGGCGACAAGUGACCAAUUGUCAAUGUGUUACACAACGAAAACAAGUACUACGAUUGUGCGGCUGUCCCCAGCCGCAGGAGGAAAGGCGUUGCUUGGACACAGUGAACCUAGCCGUGUACAAGACCACAUUCAACCAUGUGGCCGACCAGUGCAUUCCGAAUCAAGAAGUGGUGACCACUGAAAUUCGUUGCAUCCGACCUGCUCGAAUCGUUGACAAAACGUCUUGUGAGCAUGGUUUACCACUGGAUCAAAAUCCGGCAGGUUGUAUGGAACAGAUUACGGUGGCUUUUGAUCAGGUGGAAAAUUGCCAGUGUAUUACGCGCACACUGAAAUUCAGACGUCCCUGUUGCGUGCCCGAGCCGCGGACAGAGAGACAUUGUGAUGCAUCUCGAUCACGAUGGGUGACCACCAGGACCACAUACAAACUAUCUCCGGCAAAGGUUCUAUUUGAAUCGGGUGAUUUGACAAUCUGGGAUCAAGUUCCGAAGGCAAUUCAUCAUGCAAAAGAGCAAGUGGUCACGUGCCCGGAAGACCAAAUUCGUGAAACAUGUGAUCCACAAACCGGAAUGUGGACGCAGACCGUCACCCACUAUGAGCGAGUUGGAUGUCAUUGUAAACGCACAGUGAAAAUCAAUCAUGGACAAUGCAGAUGUCCCCCUGCACGAGUUACAGAGACCCCUUGUCAAGAGAGCUUCUUACAGCGUAUCACUGAAACAUUUGAGCUGAUCGAGGGUAGAUGUGUCGGACGUCGUCACAUAGAACGUAUCCGCUGUGCCUGUCCGAGACCGAUUCGCCGGAUCUACUGUGACGGGACAGGGCGAUGGAUCAAAUGUUUUGCUCAAUUCCUAUUCAAUCCCGUGGCCAAAGUUUGUCGCCUGGUCAAAAAUUGCGUGCGAUGGGAACAGGAUUGUCCGAAACCGGCAAAUCGUCUAGUCGGUCCGUGUGGCCCACAGACCGGAUUCACACAGGCCGUGCAACAUGUCCGAUUUGUGCGUGACCAGAGGUCUUGUCGUUGUCAACCGGAGGUGCUCAGCGAAUGGAAAGAGCAUUGUCGUUGUGAUCACAUCAAUCGAAUGUCAGAACGAUGCCACGAUGGAAUGGUGGAGGUUCGAGGUAUUGUUCACGAACUGGUCAACGGAGAGUGCAAACCAAAACAAGUCAAACAUACAAAACCUAUUGUGUGUCCCGCCCCAAACGUACGCAUUGUGCCGUGUAAUCGCUCGCCCACAUCUGCGCUGCGUGGCCUGAGUCUGAAAAUUGUGGAUGCAUUUGAACGUCACGGUUGUCAAUGCGUUCGUAGACGUCACGUAUACAAAAAAAUAUGCGGUAAGUUUGUCAUGAAAUCUUUGCGAUGA